ACACGCCCUUUGGGGGGGGGCUACAGCACUGUGUGAGCAAGCUCCUUAGUUUGAAUAUAUUGGUCCGCCGUUUUUCAUUUUCAUUUUUUGCAUAUGAUGCUACCUGCAUAAUAUAUUUGGGAGACAUAGGGGAAGAGGCGUUUGGUUGGAUUGUGGCAUUGCCUGAGUCGUCAUGUCAUCAAACCUCAUGUUAGGGGUGUGGGUGUCAGCUGUAUUAAAUGGCUACACACUCGAGGCUCUCGGUAUGGCGUCUUUCGAAACCAUACCUGCCUGGUUUUCAUUUUCUUGUCUAGCGUUGGCUUUGAUCUCAUUUGUCAUUUUCCCCCUCAAUAUUUAUAUCUUUCUCAUGUCAAUUUUCUUCCUUUCAUCUCUUUUAUGGCAAAUCUUUUGGCCAUAAUUUUCUCUUCAGUCAACGACGAAUUGUAGAGU